AUGUCUGCCACGGCGUUAACCAAUCCAGCUCCAGACUGGCUCAACAAGGGAGACCAGGCCUGGCAGUUAACGGCUGGUACCCUGGUUGCUCUUCAGUCGAUUCCGGGACUUGCGAUUCUCUAUGCAGGGUUUGUCAAGAAGAAAUGGGCCAUCAACUCCGCAUUCAUGGUAUUCUACGCUUUCUCCGCUACACUUGUGUGCUGGGUUAUUUGGGCAUACAAAAUGGCUUUUGGCGAGCAAUGGGGCAACUUCCCUUUGCUUGGAGCACCCGGUCCCGUCCUGACGAUGAAACAAAACCUGGCUCAAGCAACUUUACCAUCCGCAGAUGUCGCGCCGAAUUUCAACUUGUCAACUAUGAUCUACUUCCAGUUCGUCUUCGCGGCUAUCACAGUCAUCAUCCUGGGAGGAGCUCUGUUAGGCCGAAUGAAUCUUUUGGCAUGGAUGUUGUUUGUGCCCCUCUGGAUCACAUUCAGUUAUACUGUUGGGGCGUUCAGUCUUUGGGGCGGGGGGUUUCUCAGCCAGAUGGGUGUCCUGGACUAUUCAGGCGGAUAUGUCAUUCACUUGAGCUCUGGUACUGCUGGGUUUACUGCUGCAUUCUGGUUAGGUCCACGCUUGCAACGCGAUAAGGACUCCUUCUACCCCAACAACAUUCUUCUCAUGCUGGUCGGCGCGGGCAUCCUCUGGGUAUGCUGGAAUGGUUUCAAUGGAGGCGACCCAUAUGCGGCAAGCCCUGAUGCCGGCGUUGCCGUUCUCAACACCAAUAUUUGUACCGCCAUGAGUCUGCUCGUUUGGAUGAUGCUGGACUACAUCUUUCUCAAGAAGCCAUCCGUCAUAGGUGCCGUUCAGGGCGAGAUCACUGGCCUUGUGGCAAUCACUCCCGCUGCUGGCUUCGUCGCAGGCUGGGGAGCCAUCAUCAUUGGAAUUUGCUCAGGUUCGAUUCCUUGGAUAUCGAUGAACGUCUUAGGAAGGAUGAAAUGGAUGCAAAAGGUCGAUGACGUUAUGGGAGUUGUUCAUACUCACAUGGUCGCCGGCUUCCUGGGUGGUUUCCUCACGGGUAUCUUUGCUACUAUUGAUGGAUGUGCAGCGUUUGGUCUUACAAAUCCCGGUGGCGCGAUCGAAGGUAACGGGAAACAAGUAUGGCUGCAAAUUGUGGGUGCCUUAUUCAUCAUUGGCCUCAAUAUGUUCAUGACGACAUUGAUCUGCGUUUUCAUUCAAUAUGUCUUACGCAUACCGUUGCGUAUGAAUGAACAACAACUGCUUGUUGGUGAUGAUGCAAUCCAUGGUGAAGAGGCCUAUGCAUUGUUCUUCGAGGGUGAGAGGAGCCAUCUCAGCCUUAAUGCUAACGCGCUGGAGAGUGGCCACAUCAUCGAAAGUCAAAGUAUGGCAAACGCAGAGGGUAGUGGUCAUGGGACUCCUUCAGAAUCUACCACAAAUGGGAUAAAGAAGGACUGA